AGUCUCGCUAAGCAGAGGUAUCGUUCUACAAAUUGUGCAAAAUAUAUUAUUGCUCUUUGUUACUAAAUUGUUUAAAAUACCCAAAAUGCAAGUUGAUAAAUACAGUGCAUCGUUAAGCACACUUGAGAGCGAGGAGUUAGAGAGCACGGCACUAAGUGCAGAUGUUUACUUGCGGCUGCUAGCGAUUUAUCUAUACGAAAAUAAACUUGCUAAUGCCAAGUUGCUGUGGAUGCGCAUACCCAAUAAUCUUAAGGAGCAGAGCAAAGAGCUAGUCCAACUUAAUCAAUUAAAUCUAGCUCUUCAGCAUAACAGAUUUGCUGAUUUUUUCAAGCAUAUAAGGUACGAUUGGUCCGCGGACAUUAGGCCUAUUAUUGAUGAUCUGCUGUGCAAGCAACGUGAGGAGCUUUUUACCCUAACUGCGAGUGCUUAUGUAUCGAUUUAUGAACAAAAUCUUAUGGAAAUGGCCCAGAUGUCAGCAGAGGAGCUUCAGCUUUAUACUGCGGACUGGACGCGCGAAAGAGAUGGAGACCGUCCUAUUCUGUUGCCAAAGGUUAAGGAAGCAGCACCACGCUUAGCCAACGAUGAUCAAUUACUCAAGCUAACGGAAUUCGUGUCCUUUUUAGAAAACUAAGCCAUAAUAAAUACGCAUA